UUAUGAACCAACUCAAGCUGACGUAUCUGUAUUCUGUGGACUUAACCAUAAGGUCCCUGACCACGUAAAGUUCCCACAUGCCGCGCGAUGGUACAAUCAUAUUGCCUCCUACUCUGAUGAAUUCACCUCAUUACCUGAUGAGGAAGAGGAACGACGAAAAGCUGAACUCCUAGAAGCGUAUCACAAAAAAAAGGCAGCUAAACCAAAGGUUAUCGCUAAAAGUAUGGUUUGUUUAGAUGUCAAACCUUGGGAGGAUACUACUGAUUUGGUUGAAAUGGAAAAGCUUGUGAGAGAAAUUUGUUUGGAUGGACUCAAGUGGGGUGCCUCCAAAUUGAUCCCCAUUGGCUAUGGUAUCAAAAAAUUACAAAUUUCAUGUGUAGUUGAAGAUGAUAAAAUUGGAAUUGAUGAUUUAGAAGAAAAAAUUACUUCAUUUGAAGAUCAUGUUCAAAGUGUUGAUGUUGUUUCUUUCAACAAGUU